AUGGCACUUCGAAGCAAUAAAGCUUCUACGGAUAUAUCACUUGCGGAAAUAUACAAUUUGCUUUUAUAUUUGGAAGAGGAUGUAAUGGAAAUUCAGGAAGAACUCGGUAUUGUUGGUUAUACUAAUCAAGAAAUGGCAGAAGAAGCUGAUAAAAAUGCAAAAGUAUAUCUCCGAAAGUUUGAGAAAUUUCACGGUCCCUUAGAAGGUGUUCCAAGUGUGUUAAUACAGAAAUUUGGCUUAUUUUACAAGAGAGAGACUUCCGUUAUUUCCGAAGGUCUCUCCUCGACAAUUACACGAAGUGUUUGUCAAAAAUCCAGCUAG